UUAGUCGCUGCGCACCCCAAGCUCAUUCAAGCUCUGUUCCCUGUGUUACUCGAAAAAUCAAACGCACAAUAGUCUUCCCUGCAUCAAGAUCCCUCUGUAGCUACGGCUCUUUCAACUCUUUUAUAGUUCGCGUUGUUCACUCCUUCCCUCACCUCUUGUUCUCUCGCUCAAUUCCCACCACUCCGGGUGCUCUAGGGUUUCAUCGAUCUCAGAAAAUCUCCACCAAAUCCAUGGCGGAGGAACUGCUGUCUUCAUCUCACGCCUCUUCUUCACAUUCGCAGUCUUCCUCUUCGGCCGCGGCUCCUCUAGGGCACUCCGUAAUACCUAUCGUCAACAAGCUCCAGGACAUCUUCGCCCAGGUGGGGAGUACCAUCGAGCUCCCCCAGGUGGCGGUCGUCGGCAGCCAAAGCAGUGGCAAGUCCAGUGUCCUCGAAUCUCUUGUCGGCCGCGACUUUUUGCCUCGUGGCAACGAUAUCUGCACUCGGCGUCCCCUGGUUCUCCAGCUUUUGCAGACUAAGCGGAGGCCCGAUGGGUCUGAGGAGGAGUACGGCGAGUUCUUGCACUUGCCGGGCAAGAGGUUCCAUGAUUUCUCAGAAAUUCGCCGCGAAAUUCAGGCUGAGACAGAGAGGGAAGCAGGAGGAAACAAAGGGGUUUCAGACAAGCAGAUACGUCUGAAGAUUUUUUCGCCAAAUGUUCUUGAUAUCACACUGGUGGAUUUGCCCGGUAUAACAAAGGUUCCUGUUGGUGACCAGCCCUCUGAUAUUGAAGCACGAAUUAGAACAAUGAUAAUGUCUUACAUCAAGCUUCCAAGCUGUUUAAUACUAGCUGUUACACCGGCAAACUCAGAUUUAGCUAAUUCAGAUGCUCUUCAGAUAGCAGGAAAUGCUGAUCCUGAUGGUUAUCGAACCAUUGGUGUUAUCACAAAGCUGGAUAUUAUGGACAGAGGUACCGAUGCUCGCAAUUUAUUGCUCGGAAAAGUGAUCCCCCUUCGACUUGGUUACGUAGGUGUUGUGAAUCGUAGUCAAGAGGAUAUUCUGCUCAACCGAAGUAUUAAAGAUGCACUUGUGGCAGAGGAGAAGUUUUUUCGCAGUCGUCCAGUAUAUAAUGGUCUUACUGAUCGUUGUGGCGUUCCUCAGUUGGCUAAAAGGCUGAACCAGAUUCUGGUACAGCAUAUUAAGGCGGUACUUCCAGGAUUAAAAUCACGCAUAAGCACUGAUCUUGUUUCUGUUGCAAAGGAGUACGCCAGCUAUGGAGAAAUUGCUGAAUCAAAGCCGGCUCAAGGAACUCUUCUUCUGAACAUUCUUUCGAAGUUCUCUGAAGCAUUUUCUUCAAUGUUAGAGGGGAAAAAUGAAGAAAUGUCAACAUCUGAGCUUUCUGGUGGAGCAAGAAUUCACUAUAUUUUUCAAUCAAUCUUUGUGAAGAGCUUGGAGGAAGUGGAUCCAUGUGAAGACUUAACUGAUGAAGACAUCCGAACUGCCAUUCAGAACGCAACUGGUCCUAAAUCUGCAUUAUUUGUACCUGAAGUGCCAUUUGAAGUUCUUAUUCGAAGACAAAUAGCUCGUUUGUUAGAUCCAAGCCUUCAAUGUGCUAGGUUCAUAUAUGAUGAAUUAAUAAAGAUAAGCCAUCGCUGCAUGGUAAGCGAACUGCAACGGUUUCCUGUUUUGAGAAAGCGCAUGGACGAAGUCACAGGAAAUUUUUUGCGAGAAGGCCUUGAACCAUCAGAAACGAUGAUUGGGCACAUUAUUGAAAUGGAGAUGGACUACAUAAAUACUUCUCACCCAAAUUUUAUUGGUGGGAGCAAAGCUGUGGAGGUUGCACUGCAGCAGAUCAAGUCAUCCAGACUGCCGGUACCCCUUGCUAGGCAGAAGGAUGGUGUAGAUGCUGAUAAGGCAUUAGCAUCUGAAAGAACUCUUAAAUCUCGAGCUAUUCUUGCCAGACAAGUAAAUGGCAUUGUUGCUGAGCAGGGUAUUCGACCUGUGGCAGAUGCUGAAAAAGUUAAUUCUUCUGGAAGCAUAACCAGUUCAAGUUGGGGAAUUUCAUCCAUUUUUGGUGGGACAGAUAACCGUAGCUCCAUUAAAGAGAGCUCAACAAGCAAGCCAUAUGGGGAAACUGUUCACACUACUGAGCAUGCCUUUGCUAUGAUCCAUUUGAGGGAGCCACCAACCGUCUUGAGGUCCACAGAAACCCAUUCGGAGCAGGAGACCAUUGAAAUUGCAGUCACGAAGCUUCUGUUGAGGUCAUAUUAUGACAUUGUUAGGAAGAAUAUUGAGGACUCUGUACCUAAAGCAAUUAUGCACUUUCUGGUAAACCACACGAAACGUGAGCUACACAAUGUCUUCAUUAAAAAGCUUUACAGAGACAACCUGUUUGAGGAGAUGUUGCAGGAACCAGAGGAGGUGGCUAUGAAGAGAAAACGCAUCAUUGAAAAACUUAAAGUUCUUCAACAGGCUGUUCGGACAUUGAAUGAAUUGCCACUGGAAGCUGAAACAGUUGAGAAAGGUUACAGUUUAGGUACUGAUCCAACAGGGCUUCCGAAAAUCCACGGGUUACCAACAUCAUCUUUAUACAAUACAAGCAGUGGUUCAAGUGAUUCCUACACAGCAUCCCCUAAGAAUUUAAGGUCCCGAAAGAGCUCGCACUCAGGUGAGCUACAGAGUCCUUUAUAUGCUAAUGCAGCUUCUAAUGGAAAUGGACGCAAUUCCAUGCCAACUCUUUAUCCUUCGGUUGAUUUGUGAAGCGUCUCAAAUAGCACGAGUCCAAGCAUUUUUCUCCUUAAUAUGAGGAGCUCUCAUUAUGCUCUUUUUAUCACUCUCUAUCCAUCUAAAUUCAUCUGGAUCUGCUUUACAGAGCUUCUGGAUGGGAGGUAGUAUUCCCCUCGACAAUCACGUUUGAGUUAGAAAAUGGGUAUUGUUUUGUCGCCGUAUAUUUGCUUUUGUUCCUCCACCUAUACAAUAGGUUAUAAUUGCAUUGUUUCAUGAUGCUCCGAGAAGGAACAACACGAGCAUUUUCCCUUUAAUGGAAGCACCAAUUAGUUUUAUGUAUAUUUUAUUUUGAUUAGUUCUCUUUGAGAGUAUUUUUUGGAGGAUUCUUCUGGUAAUAAGCUAGUUGGCUGGCACUGGUAUAAAGACAUCACCAUCAUUGUUAUCCUCGUUGACAUCAGUUGAUGACAAGUAACCAGCACCCCACAUUUUUUGGUUGGAUGAUGAGUUAAAACAAUUCGUAUAUACUGGUUUCAAUUGAAUGCCGAAGCUUAAAUUAUUUGGUUAAAUAUCCAGUUUUUCUUAGUUGUUUUAAAGACUGAAGUGUAACCUUUUUUCUAAAUAAGUUGGCAUAUGUCAGUGUAUAUAGUAUGGGCUUUUAAGGAGUUGGCUUUGUAAUUGAAACCGAUACGAUUGUUGUUUAUUGCAUCUUUGGGACUUCAAUUCUU